GUCACCGCUUUUCAAUACAUUCACAAGACUAAUGGAUCAGAUCAAAAAACCUCUCCUUGUGACUUGUGAUGAAUUGAAUCAAAUCAAAGGAGGAGUUUCUCAACUCCAAGCAACCUUGAAUUCCACUGUUAGUAAAGCUCCCACCGAAGACCAAUUCAAAUUGCUUUCUGCUCUUGUACAAAAUCCCCAAGAUAUAAAAGGUGAAUCCAAAUCAACCAUAGAUAGAAUACAGCAAUUACUAGCUACUCCCCAAACCAGAGUUGCGGUGAGAUUACGUCAAUUGUUUGAUUCCGGCCAAUUGCCCUUGAUUGAAGCUUUGUUGAAGGUUGAUUUCAAAUCUCCAAAUGCUGACAGGUAUCUUGCAGAUUUCUUGGAGUAUAAUCCAAGACUCCCACAAGGAGACAGUACAAAACCAUCUACUGUUUCCAGUAUGUCUGCUUCGUCUAACUCUAAAGAGUAUUCCUAUCCACCACCAUUACCACCAAUUCACAACCAAACCCUAUUAAUUAGAAUAACCACAGAUAAAUCAUACAGACAACCUUCAGAUUUCUUGGAACUGGCAAUCACUCAUGAUUUCAACAAGAGCCAUAACGCUAAAUUGGCAAUUGGUGGAAGAACAAUAAUGGAAUUGGUUUUAUAUGAAAUUCUUGAUGAAAUGCUUCCUAAUAUGUAUGAAGAUGAUUUGUUGGUUAUACGAUCUAAACUUAUUUCUCCUAGUAUAUUAACCAAAUUGGCAUUCGGAUAUAGAUUGGUAGAUCAUACCAAAUAUAGUUUAUCCACUAGUGUCGACUUUGAUGAAAAGUUGGAACUCAUCUCAAAACUUUUCUUGAGUUAUAUUGCUGGAUUAAACAUUGAAGGGUAUUCUAUUUACGAAAUCAAGACUUGGAUUAGAAAAUUAUAUGAACCUAUGAUUCAAGAUAUUUUAACUGAUUAUACCCCAAAUGCAGGUGUGGCAUUGAUUGAAUUGAAUUUAUUAUUCAAACUGGUUCAAAACGUGUACAAGAUUCCUGACGAUAAUAUUAAAUACGAAAUUAUUCAAAUUGAAUCAGAUCCCUAUGUCGCCCAAGUUUUAAUUAACGAUGAACCGUUGGGCGUGGGUACAUCAACUAUAAGUUUUGAAGAAGCCAAGACAAGAGCUGCAAGUGAUAUAUUAAAUGAUCGUGAAAGAGUUGCAAGAAUUAUAAAUAUAUUGUUUGAAAACUAUGAAAAGCUGUCAGAUGUAGAACUGAAGAGAUUAAGUGGUAGCCCAAGUCCUACUUCUGCUCAAGAAGAGUCGCCAAAUUCCACUCCGCCCCUCCCACCUCAAUCAAAAUCUCCUGAUGCUGCACACGUACAAUCGAAACAACCACCAUUAAAGAUGUUAUUGCAUACAAUCAAGACACGGGGUAAGCCAGAACAACAUUCUGUUGAUCCGUCUGCUCCUCAACCUUAUGGAAUGGUUCCUCCUCCAUUUGGAGGUGCUGCUCCUCAAGCACAGCUUCCAGCUGCAACCACUCCACAUUUAACUGUGCCAACUGUUGGUGGCAUAGCUCCACCUACACUUGGACUCGAAGUAAAGUACGGAAUCGAUAGUAAUGCUCGAAAUAAAUUGUAUGCGUUAUUAGGUGUAAAUCACAUUAUCCCAAUUUACGAGUUUCAUUAUGCCGAUAGUGGUUUCCAGGCAAUUGUCAAAGUGAAUGAUAACAUUCUCGGAGUUGGGUAUGAUAUUAAUAAAAAGAUAGCUGGUCAGAAGGCAGCCAUGUGUGCAUUGACCAACACACAAGCUUUAGUUCAAUUAGGUGUGGAUCCUAAAUGAUUGCAAAAAAAAAAAAAAUCUUUUUUAAUUGUCGGUAAUAAAUCGGUUUUAUUUGUAUAUGUGUAAAUUGUCUGACCAAUCAAAAGUCCCGGAUCUAAUUGGUAC